GGCUCCGCUCCCACCGGGGCUCAGCCCGAGCAGCGCCCGCGGGGCCGGGAGGGGCUCUCCGGCCGCCAGCGCCGGCCCCGGCAUCCCUGAGCAUCCCUGACCGCCACCUUCUCCUCCCUGCGAGCGAGCUCCCUGCGGACAGUCAAACAAAUCCAUGAGGAAACUGAGAACUUAAAAAACGGGGAAAGAAUAAAAGAGCGCGCAACACCAAACCCUGCGUGUCUGGAUGAUUUCAGGGCUGAUCUGCAUCACCCGAAGGAAAACUUUGGUGCCGCCGGGGAGCAGACGUUCUUUUCCGCCGGGAUGCGGGCGCUGGCUGCUUGAAGCGCAUCCCGGCGGGAGCGGCAGCGCUCCCCGAACCCCCCGGACCCUGCCCAGAGCCCGAUCGGGGCUGCGGGGAACGGGGCUGCUCCUCUGCUUUCCCUGCUUCCACACCGACAUUCCAAUCACAGCUCAUUCUUCUUUCAAUUUAUUGACAGGGGUUUUCUUUCACAGCAUCAUCUGUUUUGAAGGAAGAAGGCAGGAAGGGGGAGGGUUAAAGCUAAAGAAGUAAGUCUUCUCUCCAAAGGAAAUGCCUUUUGYGCUUUCCAGAUGACCUUUUGUGAAAAUGUAGCCUGUCCAGCUGACCGAUUUUUAUUUUGACUACAAAGUGUUCGAAACAGAGCCCUAAGUGCUCCACAAAGCCUAGGAUGUGUGCUUCUGGGAUUAGCAAUAUGGGGCAUCUGUUGUCGCCUCUCCUCUUGAGCCUGGCAGCAGUUUUUUCCAAAGUGACGGACAGCCGGGGGAUCCUGGAGAGCAUACAGAGGUUUUCUUUGCUGCCAACUUACCUGCCUGUGACCUACCGCAUCCACAACGCCGACGUUUCCUUCUUCCUCAAGGAAGCCAACCAGGAUAUCAUGAGGAACUCCAGCUUGCAGUCCCGAGUGGAAUCCUUCCUGAUCUACAAAUCCAAGAGCCCACCCGUGUUAAACGCCAGCUACGGCCCCUUUUCCAUCGAACAGGCUGUGCCCCAGGACCUGAUGUUGUCUUCAAACCCCUUUGCAUCCACCGACAAGUUCUCCUUUAACUGGAAGCUGAAGGCUUACAUCCUGAGCACCAAGAUCUACCUGAGCAAGCCCAAGGUGCAGGUGCUGUUCUACAUCGUGGGCAGGGACUGGGACGAUUUCAGCCCCUCGGAGCGGCUGCCCUGCCUGCGCGUGUUCGCCUUCCGCGAGACGCGCGAGGUGCGCGGCAGCUGCCGCCUCAAGGGCGACCUGGGGCUGUGCGUGGCCGAGCUGGAGCUGCUGCCCAGCUGGUUCAACCCCCCCAGCGUGGUGGCUGGGCGCAAAAAACACAUGGACAGGUCAGAGGGGAGCCCUGUUGAGCUUUACUACUCUAUCCAAACAGGGGAUGAGAGAGGGGAGUGCGCCAAGGAGGAUGUGAGGAGAAGUGACGGGGUGCGAGCGGGGCGCAAUGACAUCGAUGAGUCGGGACCGCCCUUGCAGAGGAUUGGGAGUGUUUUCCUUUACCAGACCCACGCUGCCCCUUCUCUAACUGAAAUGAGACUGGAUGAUAAUGUCGUCAUCCAGUACGCACCAAAGACUGUCAAGCAAGGUGACAUUUUGACCUUCCUUGAUGAAAAAUCUUGA